CGCUGCUCAACAGGCUGCAGUUGCCUAUCCAUCUUCAUCCGCCAGCCAGCCUUCAAACUGCAUCCCACCAGAACAGGGUUCAAAACCGUGCCCUCCAAAAACCUAAACAGUUUAUCCUCCGGUAGUUUUGCAAGGCGACGACUGAUUUUGUCAACAUGCAGCUUGACGACACUUUCUUGUCGGUGCGAUUCAAGUACGGUGCCCACACCAUCUUGAUGUUUGUCGACGGACAACAGAAGUUCUCAGAGAUCACUACCUCGCUGCUGGAGGUGCUCCGCGAUCGGUUCCCCAAUGGCCUCACAAUUAGUCACACGUCUCCCGAGACAACAGCACUCCCAGAGACAGAUGUGCAGCUGGCCUAUGCGCUUCCAGUGAACGCGACCGACUUGACACAAGGAUGGAGGAACAUCAAGGCUGGCGACAAUGACAUUCCGGUCGCCAAAGGACUGAAAGACAAUUGCGUGGUGGCAUUUUCCUUUGACACGGACGAGCCAGAGUUUGUAGCUGACAUACCGAGUCUGGAUGAGGAAGUGGAGGACGAGGAAGGCAUGGGAUCCGACGCAUGAUUGGGUUAUAAGACUACGGCAUUGGUGCAUGGCGUUAUAGCGAAGGGAUUCAUGACAUGAUGAUCUCUGCCUUCCUCGAAUAGGCACACAGGAAGAAGCGUGGUGGCUGAUUGACUACGAGAAUAGCCAUGUUGCACGACGCAAAUCUCGGUGUGCAUUGAAGGUCAAGAUGAUUCGAUUAGGCCGGGAGGCCAGAGUUGUCUAAACGAAGAAGACGACGGGCACCUGCAAAUAGAGGGGGAGGUUCGUUCGCAAACACUUGACUCAUCUCACGGACGACUCCAGAGUGAGCAAAAACCCACUGAUGUAGUGCAACUCGCUCUGGAAAGG